AUGGCUAAAAGUAAACUACUGCGUCGUCCUUUAGCACCUGCUAAAAGUUUACCGCCUACGUUAGGUGCUACAAAAGAAAUAACAUCAACUGAAUCUCAGGUAAAAUCACCCAAUAUAACAACUAUAUCGAGCGAUUCUUUAUCAAUUGCGGAUAGUAAGUUAAGCGACAAACAGCAUCAAGUACAUGUUCUAGCAGAAGAUAAAGCAGAAGAUCAAGCAGCUUAUCUAGAUGAAAACCAAGCAGAUAUUGGAGCUCCUACGCCACAUACUUCCUUCGUUGAAGAAACUAGCAUAGUUGGAAAUAAGCUUCUUCAAAGUUUAACAUUAGAGGAUAUCGAAUUUGUGAAAGAAGCUGGUCCCGAUCCUUUACCAAGACGUCGUUAUACAAAACCAACAAAACCUACUGCGAAAUUUAACUAUCAAGACCAAUAUGGCGUAUUUAUUAAAUCCAACCCAAUAUUCACUCUUGAUGAUUUCAAACUUAAUCCCAAACAGGUGGAGGGUAACGAUUUAACGAUUGUUGCUCGUAGCUUAAUGUUAUCAAAAAAGAAUUAUGAUGAAAUGGUAGCCAUUUUUGCCCGAAAUUCAAAUAAAACUCUGAAGCCUGCUCAAGUUUCCGUUGAUGACAUCGACUUACCAGCUGUUAAGCUUCCACGUCGGCCAUAUAAGCAAUUGCUAAUAGAAUCUAAGAAAGAACAGUUAGAUGAAUAUGUUAGAGGGCAUGCUGCCACACCUGGAGCAAGUAGCAUAAGUUAUACAAGAAGUUCAUCAUCUUGGAAAGUGGACGCUCAUACUGAAUCAGAAUACAUGUCCAAACUAAAUGAAUCCAAAAACGAGCAAAGCCAAGAUCUAGACGCGAAUUUUCCUCUCUUAGCGAUGGAAGGUAAUUUAGAUGUCAAUCCAUCAGAAGCUGCGGUAUUUAAUUGCAUGAUCCAAGCAAAAGGAUUCUCUCUAAGUUUAAAGGCCUAUUUUAUAAGCUCCUUACCUAAUUUAUCACCUGUUUUCCAAACAUUACGUUGGUUAAAUUUGUCAUUUAAUAAUUUUACGGAAUUUCCUUCGGAGUUAUACGAAUUAAAAUAUCUUGAAGUACUUUAUUUAAGAAAUAACCCAAUUCCGGAAAUUCCUACAGACAUUGACAGGCUAUCCAACCUUAAAACGUUAGGCGCAUCUCACUGCUUAUUGAAUAGUUUACCGGAAAGAAAUCUUCGGAUUUUAAACUUGGAAGGAAAUGAAAUUGUUGCUUUACCAUGCGAUGUCAUGAAUUUAGAUCUCAAACAUUUGUAUAUUGCCAAUAACUACAUCCAUCCACUAUUCUGGGCUAAUUAUACUAAAAAUGAUCCGCAGCCUUUAAAGGAUAUAACAGCAAUCGUCUUUCGCCAAAGUGGACUCCAUCUAAGAUACCAAUCUCUGCCAGAAAAUAUUGAAGAAAUACUAAGCAAGGAACGUCAGUGCCUUUGCUGUGGAGGACCAAUUUAUGGCGAGGGGUUAAAAGUUAUUCGCCCUGCAGGACGAAUGUUUGGUGUGCAUACCUUACCUUUAAUAUUUCGAUCUUGCUCACCAUAUUGUCGUAUCUAUUAUAAUCAAGUAGCAGAAUCACUUAUAUAUAAAGCGAUGGAAGAAUCUUAA